UAUGAAUUUGGUAUAUUAAUGUAUAAUUUUGUUAGCUGACAUAGUCACCACGCAUUUUCUGCAGGAUUUUUCGGUACAAAUUGAGAUAUAAAUUAAAAAUGGAGGUAAAAGAAUUAAUUAAAGAAACAAUAAUAAGAUGGAGUAAAGCGGUGGAGCUACAUAAUUCUGGGAAGUACAGGGAGGCGGCAGAAUGUUAUUCUGAAAUAAAAGACGUUUCGGCAAGAAUGUGCUAUAACCAGGCUUGUGCUUACAUAAAACUCGACAGCAUAGACAAUGCUAUCCAGAGCCUAUCCCGUGCGAUUGAGAAAGAUGAACAUUUAGCUAUAGCUUAUUUUCAACGGGGGACUUUGUAUCUUCAGAACAACAGCACCUUGAAGGCUGUAGCUGACCUGGAGAUGACCCGUACCUUACUGCGAGGAAACACACACAUAGACUAUAAACCACUCGGUCUAUACACUAGAAUAAGCAGCUUUCAGACUCUACAAAAUCUUGCUCUGGCAUAUGUUAGCGCUAAAAGAUUAGAAGAUGCUCGGAGAUCGCUGACUGAAGCUGUUCACGACGCCGAUGAUCUUCAAAGGAAAAUUAUCACUGUAUCACUGGAAAGAAUUGAUGAUUCUCGCACAGAUCUUAUCCCAGUGAUGCAAGUAUCAGUGGAUAAAGUAUUUACCCCACCCAAAUCUGUCACACAGAACCUUGAGAAGAAAGGCAUUGUUAGGAAAGCUAAAGUAGUGUCUGCUACCAAUACAGACGAUAGAAGUGCAGCUUUCGACGGUUCGAAAAGGGUUCGUGAAUUAAAGCAAAUGCCGAAACCGCCAACGAGUCCAUUCAACGCAUUGAAGCGUUUUGUAAAGAACCAACCGCCACUAAAGCACAGCAUCUCGGGCCUAAACGAAGUAACUGUAACAAAAGGAAUGAAAUCGAGCAAAUCAAUGAGUGACCUCAAUACACACGACACUUCGUUUUCUGUCGGAAGUCGUAGUCCAAUUGUAAGGGUAAGGCGUCUGUUUCAGAAAAGAACGCCUAGCUCGGCAGACAAAAAUACUAGUCCUGGUAUAAGACUGAACCAUUCAUUUGGUGAAUUGACUGGACAAUUGAGUCCGCCUGCAGUCAACACUGUAAAGACUUCACCGCGUACUGCCUUCGCGGGAGUGAGAAAACUUCUGAAUAAUAAACAAAAGUGUCAAUCGAGCGUCACAUCGUGUGACGACGUGCCGGUUUUAAUGAUGAGAGGAAGUAGGUCUACCGGAGAUUUAAGUAAUAUUGACACGUUAUCGUCUAAACGUAAUAGCGAAGGAGAUUUACCACCGUCUUCCAAUAUCAGAUCUAAAAGCACGUCGUACGAAAAACUGAAUUUUGAUUCAAAGCACCAUAGAAAUUCUCUUGGGUCUGUCUUCGGUGACUACCUAACCAUUGUCGGCCGGAGUCUAUCGUGGUCUUGCGACGUCCUUACGGCUGUAGCCACACCGAUAGAGUAUGAGAAUGACGUAAUCAACGUAGACCAAGGUCAAGAAUCAGUAAGCACAGAUUGUAAAGGAUCACCUGUAGAAAACGAAAGCGACAAACCUGUUACGUUUUACAUUAACACCACACCAGAUAAUGAGGGUAAUGUUAAGACAUCAAAAACAAACGUCACUGACAAAGCGAAGGACAAAACGUCACCGGCAACUAGGAAAUCUCGUCCACCUCCACCUUCUUACCCUCCACCUCCUCUCCCUCCAAAUAUUGUCAUUAAUGUAUAAUGAUCUGUUAGUAAUUAUUGUAUUGCUGAAUGAUUUAAGUAUUAGCCUAAUAUUCUAUAUUUAUUUGAUAAUUUUGUAAUUUUUGCUCUGCUGGCAGACUUGUUUCUAAAUAAAUUUCUUAAAUUUUA